AUUUUGACCACCGAUGAAAUUUGAGUGUUCAAUAUGUGCUCAGCCUUUGACUCAUGUCUCACGCUGUGAGACGAUACCAGGGUGGAUGUGACCAAUGAACAUGAGUGCUUCAAAGUGUCUCAAUGUCCCCUCGUAAACCCUUAUCAGUAUUCCAGACAUCUCUUUUCCUUACAGCUUAUGCAAUUUAACUACAGCUGUAGGAUGGAUCAUGAAGCCUCAAGUGUGUGUGAGUGCACUGGCAGACACCAUUAGGCAGAGAGGGGGCCUCAUGAGCUGGGCAUAGAACAUUUCUCGGCUCAAGCCCCUUAAUCUGUUUAAAAUAGAGAUGUUUUUUUUUUAACAUGGGCUGCUUCUCAAUCCACUGCAUCUGCCGACGUCAGCGCUACAGCCAUGUUUGUCAGACCAGGAGACAUCACGAAAACGUCUGUAGCGUUUGAACGGUUUGGCCUAGAAAUUGAAACUCACGAAUAAUGGUGUUCUCCGUUUUGCUCUACGACCCCAACAGGUGUCACGAGGCUCGUCUGAAGGUAACCCAGUACCGGGCCGAAAAAUGAAUGGAAGUGAAUAGGGCAUUUUCCCGUCAAAGGUAUACAGCUAAUUCCAUGGUAUAAAAAUAUAUUCUGAGCUUAUAUCUUGGGUAUAGGACACUUCUAAACACUUCCUUUUGACUAGCAGUAAGGCCAAAAUCUGUUUUAUCAAUUUUUUUUUAAAUAUACCGACAUGGGUCCUAAAAUUAUUCUUCCCCCUAGGGCCUCCAAAUCAUUAGGUCUGCCCCUGUAUGAGCAUACGAGAAUGAAUAAGUGUUAGUGUGUGUACGGUAUGCAUGUAGCCUGUGUCUCUCCCUAAAUUUGAGGGCACUUAAUACAGCAGAUUCUCUCUCCUUGCUCCCCUGUUGUACACUCUCCUGUCACUUGGUACUAGAGCUAUUUAAAGAUGCCACUCUCCUUCAUUUGCUCUCUCAAUCAUGCGCAGUGUCAUGUUUCUCCAGAAUCCACACAGCAGGGCAGGAGAAGGAAAACUAAAGAACAGAUUGAGAAAGAGGGAACACCACCUGCUCCAGAUGGCAUGUUAGUAAGGAUUUAAACAUGUUGACUUCAGACCCAUGAAGAUUCAAGUCUUCAAGUCAAACUUGGAGCAAAGAGCAAAACCUUACCAGCCAUGGACUAUUGACAAGCACUGGGGGUAACUAGUGUCUGUGUGAGAGAGCAACAGCUACUGAGCACAGGAAGUGUGUGGUGCAAGAGAUUAGUGACUGAACUACAGAAUGUUCUUUGCAUUUAUUUUUUCCAUGGAUGAUUAGCCUAACUGGAGACAUCACAGGCUAAAAAUAACUUCAAUAUUGAAAGAGUUUUGCAUCACUCUUCAUUCUACUACUCCACUAUGGAUAACCUCUCUUCCCCGUCUUCCAACACGCAGGAUGGUUCACCCACCAUGUUCCCAGACUCGUCUCGCCGCACCACUCACACUGGUAACCAAGGUGGGUUGGGAUCGUUGGUAUAUGAGGUGGGGGUCGUGUGGGCUCAUCUGCGGCCGCUCAUACCGUUCUUUCUGAUCAGUGCAAUGGUCGUGGCAAUCAUCUACCUAAUCCAGCACAUUAUCUACUCUGGGCCAUUCACCGAUCCACUCUUCUUUGAGAAAUUCGAGGAACGUUGGCCUAGACCCAAACUGCACAAGGAUACCUCACCCUCAAACCCAGUCCUUUUCACUGACCCUAUGGAAUACACUGGGAAUGGAACCCUUUGAACUUGAGUCGUGGAAUUCGGAUGAAUUCUGCCUGUGCCAUAGGAUUCUAUUUGAAGGUGGAUCAAAGGUUUUUAGAAUCUCCCUGUGGAAUUUGCGGUGAAGUUCAUUAUCAGAUCAUGAUUAGAUCUGCAUGUGACUCCCAGGGGCUUCUGUCUUUGACUCAAUUGUGUCCCUAUGUCUGUUCUAUUCAACAGCCACUUGGGCUAUGUAUAUAUAAUGUGCAGAUUAUGAGAACCUGGAGUCUGGACCAUUACUAGGCUAUAAUUAGUCUACAAUGCUCUAAUGUCUUAAUCUAGAUUUAUUAGCCCUGUAUAACUGUCUGUCAGUGACGGUGAAUGUAUUUAAUGAUUUAAAUUCCAGUAGGUCUGGCCUAGAUCUACAGUUAAUUGUUUUAGAUUAAUAUAAUAAUCGUAAUUUGGGAGAAAAAUGGAAAUUGAGGGGGAAUAAAGUUUUGGUUUAAAAAAAAUGUACUCGUCUGUACAGUUUACAGUCCAGUACACACUACACAAAUAAAUAAUUUUCAUAGACCGUAUGGAUUUUCUCUACAGAUGCAUUUGUGGCAACCCAUUUAGCCGUGUUGCCAGGUCAAGCUAAAAUUUGCAAUCCAAUGACCACUCAAAACCCACCCAAAAGGCCUGAAAACUUCCCCAACUUUUUUUUUCAGCAGCUACAGGAGUUUGUCAUUAUGGAGACAACUAUUGGAUAAAUGUGCAAUCUAAAUACCUAUGGUCAAAUUGCUUUUCUGCAUUAUUCCCUUUUUAUUCCUUUUUUAUCGUGUCUAGACAGUAAACUAGCGUGUUAAGUCUGUUAGUCUGCUAGCUACGUACUCAAGAUAGAAAGCACAUUGAUGGAUCCUCUCUCUUAAACUGUUGGAUGUAAUGGAUGUCUCUUCCUUGCUGUAAUGAUUGGUAGGACUGUGGGCGUUCAGGAUACAAAGAACCACGCAAAUAAUAAUGUUGAGUGAGAAUUAUAAAGCUAGCUAGCUUGUGCUGCUGUUCCUUGUUGAAUCUCACGUCACUUGUCAUGAUGUGCGCCCGCGCUGUUAACCCUGACUGACGUGGCUCCGCUGAGCUGCAGCAUACUCAACAGUACUACACACUCGAUGUGAUAAAUAUAUUUUCCAAAGCAUCUGGUCUUUGCCUAAACCUUAAAUAAGUGUGAAUUGUUUGCUGUUAAAGACUGUGUGAUACCCUCUAUAUGCAAUAUUCCAGUCAAUGAAAAAGUAACAUACCUUGGGAUUACCAUAUAUCUAAGGAUCAACAAGAAAGAUGCUCAUUAAAUUUUAUACCUAUUAUUGAAAGAAGAAAAAAAAAGUUGAACCAUUGGAUGCAGAGGGAUUUAUCCUUGAAACAUCGAGUGUUGCUUGCUAAAGCUGAAGGUAUCUCCAGAUUUAUUUAUGCAGCCCAGUCCCUAUAUCGUACACAUUAUAUUAGGAAAUCUGUCGUUAUGAACUCACAUGAAUAUGGUGGUCUCCAUUUUUUUUUUUUUUCCUACUUUGAAUAAUAGUUUUAAGAUAAAUUGGGCUAAAGACGAUUCCAACUUCAAAUUGGAAUUUCAUCCCUCAUAUCUUCUCCCGUUUUGGUGGCCUCAAUUUUAUGUUACUUUGUAACUUUAACAUUGAUAAGAUUCCUGCAACAUUAUCUGCUUUUCAUAGACAAGUAUUCUUAGCGUGGUCGUUAAUAUUUAAACAUGAUUUUUCCCCCUGCAUAGGUAUUUCAUUUGGAACAAUAAGGACAUUUUGUAUCGAAACAAGUCUUUAUUUUUUUAAGAACUGGUGUUCUGAGUCAAACUUUGAAUGCAGGAUUGUUACUCAAUUAUGAGUAUUGUUUUUUAAAAUCUCGUUACAAUAUCCCUGUAACACCUAGAGAGAUCGCCAUGGUCUUCGAUGCUAUUCCAUCUGGAACUCUCAUGUUAUUUAGAGGUGUGGCCAGACCUCACCUUCUUGACCUACCCUCGCUUAAUCCAAUGGGGAAAUUAUGUUUCUCCUUGCUCCCUCAGAACAGCAGAUCUAUACGUGCUUUAUUUCAAAGGGAUAUUGUAUCCAUUCCUUAUGUCACAAGUUACUGGAAUACAUUGGUCACUAAUAUCUGUUGGAAAAAAGUCUGGUUGUUAUUAACACACAAAUACUUGCUUGUUAACAAGGUCGAAGAGGUCUCUUUCAGAAUGAUCCAUAAGUAGAACCCUGCGAAUCAUUACCUGAAGAAAAAUAAGAAAAAAGACAUUAACAUUGAUUGUACUUUUUGUGUUGAGCAUCCAGAAACAGUUUCACAUUUAUUUUGGCAUUGUCUACAUGUAAAACAAUUAUGGAAAUAUAUUCACAGUUUUACAAUUGUUAAUAUUCUUGAUGACUUUUUUUUUUUUUUUAUGGGAGAAUGUGCUGCUCGGAUUUCCUUAACCAUAAUAAAGAUAAAGAAAAACUAUUGUACCUCAAAUCUAAUUGUGCUAAUGGCAAAAUUUCAUAUUCAUAAAUGUAAAUUCACUAAUAAAAAAAACACUCUUCCAUGUUUUCUAUAAAGAAUUCGAGCAGUACAUUAAGACCAUUCAACAUUCUUCGAAUAAGAAAGCUGUUAAAACAAUCAAUAUGUGUGUUUCUUUUAAGGUCUUUGUAUAAUCUGUCAUUUGUUGUACACCCUAGCAUAUGUUAUCAUUGUCUAUUUGUGUACUUCUUGUAUGUAUACAGACUAUUCUACAUUAUAACAACAACAAUGCAACUCGUAACAAUGCAAUUUUGCUAUUUAGCGUCAAAUCUGUGACCUCUGCAAAUUGUCCGUGACAAGGAGGCUGGCCUUCGGACAAUUAAGAGUUAAAUAUAUAUUUUUUUUAAAUCCUCUUUUUAAAAACAAAUUGUUUUAAACUUUUAUGCACUUAGCAUUGUCGAUGCUUUGAAGUUUUAUUUCAUUUAAGAAAGAGGACAUAUCGAAUGACUGGAUAAAGUGGAUGUGGGAAUGUGGCGGUAUCAGAGGCCAGGGUUCAAGGCCUUACUCCUGGCAGAGCUUCAAAUCAAAUCAAAUUUUAUUUGUCACAUACACAUGGUUAGCAGAUGUUAAUGCGAGUGUAGCGAAAUGCUUGUGCUUCUAGAGGCAGCGGAGGUGCAGACAGUUCUGUGACACGGUGCUCUGAGCAGAGGGUAUGGAGACACACACACACACACUUAUAAUGUAAACAUGCACACCAUCCUGAUCAUCUCUCUCUCCCCCUCUAUCAGGGGUGUCAGUACCAGCCCACAGUUACAUCCUGUCCGCCCUAAGCCCCCAGCUGUCAUGUGCCCUGUCCACCGCACCGGCACCUCCCUCUGGGCAGAGCCACCUACUGGAUUUCCAGGUUUUUGGGGCAUGCACCCUGGUGAGGCUGGUAGGUCUGCUGUAUUCUGGGGAGAUGGUGGGAGAGGGGGAGGCGGAGAGGCAGGAAGUGAUUUCUGCUGCUACUAGGCUGGGCAUCCAAGGACUGGUGGAGGUCGGAAAGAGGGAUUUGAGCGCUUCGAGGGAAACAUCGCUGGAUUCAUCAGUUACUUCCUCGAUCCCUCCCAACCACAGGAGGAGAACCUGAGAGGGAGGCGGGGCCGGAGGAGGCGGGAUCUAAAGGGGGAACUGAGAGGAGAGCCAGGAGGCUGAGAGAAGGAGGUAGUAGAGUGAGAGGAGUCCUGAAGAAGGGGUCUGGGGUUGAGCAGGGGGUGAUGGAGGUGUCCCAGAGAGCAAGACUGUGGAAGUGGUGGGUCCGAGCCUUCGUCCCCUUCUUCCCCAUCUCCCGCCCCCUCCCCUGCCCCUAACCUGACCCUUUCCCCAUCCCUUGUCCACACUGCCCCCUCCCCUUCUGCCCCCCCCCCCCCCCUCCCCAGGAGGACUCUGCCGAGCAGUUUGACCGCCUGCUGGAGGACAUCAUGAUGGGCCUAGACUUCGCCUGUGGUGGUUGCCAGGAUCAGCUCCUAGCGCCAUGGACGCUGUUACUGAGGUGACCGGUGCGGGUGACCGUUCUGGAAGUGCCAAGUCUUCUUCAGAAGUUGGGCUGCAGCAGCAUGUGGAGGGUGAGCUGAGUGACAUCCAGGACCACUUCCUCAGGUCGUUUGAGCAGCAGGUGGCAGCAUCCAACCCAGUGGCACAGGGAGAGGGAGAGGGGUCUCGGAGCACAGCCAGCCUCUCGGAGCCUUACACCGCUCUCAGGAACUAUAGUGGAGCCCAGAUGGUGACCAGCACAGCUGAACACAGAACUCAGAGCACUCAAGUCAGAGAAGAGCAGAGCUACACACACACAGCCUAUACACACCCCUCUUACGCUGGGCAGAGUAACACACACGUGGCCCAGGUAUACAUGCCUCAACCAGAACCCAGCUACACACACACAGCCCACAUAGAGCAGUGUAACACAGUCACACACCCCACAAACACACACCUCCCUCUCUCUCACACAUCACCUCUUCCAUACUCAACUCCUAACAGUGUCCAGCCCAACUCAGCUCUACCCCCUACCAGUCUGCCACCCAGCCCAGGGGAAGAGAGGAGGGUGAUGACCAGAAGACGGUUGCGAGGCGAGAUCAACAUCCAACCUAUAGUCAGGCCCAAGAAAUGUCAUGGGGAGAGGAACAUAGACAGGACCAGACUACUAAUCAAGAAGAAGAAGAGGAUAAAGAAAGGGUACUCCAUGAAAACGAGGAACUGCAAGAUUGUGAGUGGUCCGUUGCUGGAUGUGGAUGAUGUGUUGCUGGGUGUGUCUGUCCGUACAGGCGAGAAGCUAUGCCAACCUGAGGAUGCUGCCAGGGAAACGCCUACCCCCCAGCAAACUGCCCAAUCAGGUCGGUCGGCUGAGAAGAUAAAAUCUCAGAAGCCCCAGCCUGUGGAGAGCAGGUACACCCUGGGGACAGAGAGGAGUCUGGGAAAGAAGUGACAACCUCCUCAGCCUUCCAGAAGACCAGGGAAGUCCUGCAGACACCGUGCAGAAUGAAAGAUGGAGAGGAAACGGGAUGGGCCAUUUUUAAACCACAAAAGACCGAUCAGACAGAAGAGAGGGAGACACGGAUGGACAAAAUAGAUGUUGAAGACAUCAGAGCGAUAGAUGAUUCUGAUGAAAGUAUUGAUAUAGAUGGAGAUGGAGAAAAAUGGAUGAUAGACAGAGCAGAAAAACAGACCGAACUCCACAACCCACCAAUCCAAAUCGGAGAGUGGAAGGUCACAGCUCGGAUGCAUUCUGGGAUAGUAAAGCCUCCAGUCUCCCAUCCUUCACGUUCCAUCCGGGAGGUGGACAUCGAAGGGUCAACAGGAAGCUGGGAGGAAGAGGAGGAAGUGGAUGUGUUGGGGGGCUUUAGCGCCUCCCCAGUCCCUCCUAUCAUACUGCCUGGCUCCUGGGGGGAGGGGCUUGGUUCUGAAGAGGAGAUUGAUGUCAUUGGAGGAGAGUUGGACCACACCCCUUUUAUUGGAUAUGUCAUCUCUGCUCUGACUGAGUGCAUACACACGGUAGCCUACAUUAUCAAUCAGAUUAUCACACUCAACUCUAAUCUGAGGUUUCUUUGCUUUUACACUAACUAUGACCAUGUCCCUCCUAUCCCUGUUUCCCUAGUGUGACCAACAUCUUCUCCCUGCUAGGAGACUGGGAUAUGGACAAACUGCUGUGUGUGGACAGCCGUGGCAUAACGACAAGGAAUGUACAGAUUUCUGCUUGAUGGAGAAGCAUGAUUGUGUGGUUGAGUUCCUCCAAGUUACCCAUUGUUAAACAAAAGAGGACGAAUGGAUGUUUAAAAAAAUGUGGAUGUUUUUGUUGUACCUUUUUUCUACCUCACCUUGUCUUUAGAGCUCUGUGCUUGAGUUCUAGUUUUCAGCACUUAGAUCGUCAAAUAUGAACGUGUUUUACACUGUGAGGCAGUUGUGCUCUGUUUAAGUCUACAUCUCACUGCCCAGACCUUUACAACAUCAUUGUGUUAAAGUUUUCAAUGACCCAUGUAGAAAAACACCAGCUAUAUUUGCCUCUUGUGCAGAGGAGUUUGGGUUCAUUCAUAUACCAAAUGUUUCAUUGUGAGUUGCCAACAAAUCAGGUUUUACACUGCUGUUAGUUCAGUUUCACAGGAAUUUGAACUUUCAUUGGUUGAGUGUCAAUCAUCACAGGCCUACAUCUUCCGAUUCUGCUUUGGAUUGUUCUAGAAUGGAAUCACACCAUGUUUGUCAUUAUGACUGUUCUCCCCAGGUGUUUGACUGUUUUCUGUUUAAAAAACAGAUUAAAGAUGUUCUUAACGUG